UCACGUGAACUGUGCAGAGUCCCGGUUAUUUGGCCUUGAACACGAGUUACGUCUGCACUUCCACCGCCUGUCAGUAAUUACUAAUUUAUUAUUUAGUCCUAAACAGUUGUCACUUUCGUCUUUCUAGUUUUAGUCUAUCUCAGAGUUCAGAGACCGGAUGACAGACUACGGUGACUAGUGCUCUCUAGACUAGACGUCUGUAGUACUAAAAACUUGUUAGUGGACCACAUAAGAUAUUUUUAGUUUCCUUUCGUUCGAAUUUCGUUGUAUUACUACCCAUCAAAAAUGUUUCGGUUGAUGAACAAGAUUUCCGGUUCCACAAUUCCGGUGAUACAAAAGUGUUUUGCCAGUAGCAUCCCUAAACCAAUAAUCAACCCGCCGAUCAAGUAUACUGAGUUAUUUAUUAAUAAUGAAUUUGUGAAAUCUUCAUCUGGAAGGACGUUUGAUACGCUCAAUCCAGCUACUGGUGAACCAAUUGCUCAAGUUCAAGAAGGGGAUGCUGUGGAUAUUAACAAUGCAGUUGCUGCUGCUCAAGAAGCAUUUAAGUUAAACAGCCCUUGGCGCACAAUGGAUGCUUCAAAACGUGGUAUGCUUCUUUACAAAUUAGCAGACUUAAUUCAACGAGAUGCUGUUUAUUUAGCUUCCUUGGAAGCACUGGACAAUGGUAAACCUUAUAGUGUUGCAUUGUCAGAUGAUGUACAAGGACUUAUUGGUGUAUUACGCUACUUUGCUGGUUGGGCUGACAAAAAUCACGGUAAAGUUACUCCAAUUGAUGGUGAUUAUUUUUCAUAUACACGACACGAAGCUGUUGGUGUAUGUGGUCAAAUUAUCCCUUGGAAUUUCCCAUUAUUAAUGUUAUCUUGGAAAAUUGGACCAGCUUUGGCCGCGGGAAAUGUUGUUGUUCUAAAGCCAGCUGAACAAACUCCUCUUACUGCUUUAUACAUUGCUAGUCUUGUGAAAGAAGCAGGAUUCCCACCCGGUGUUGUUAAUAUCGUUCCUGGUUAUGGUCCAACUGCUGGAAAAGCUAUUGUUGAUCACCUUGGUGUAGAUAAAAUUGCAUUUACUGGUUCAACUGAGGUUGGCAAAAUCAUAGCUGAAAGUGCUGCUAAAAGCAAUCUUAAGAGAGUAACAUUGGAAUUAGGUGGUAAAUCUCCAAAUAUAGUUUUCAGCGAUUCUGACAUUAAUUACGCGGUAGAAGGUGCUCAUUUUGGGCUUUUCUAUAAUAUGGGACAAUGUUGUUGUGCUGGUUCUCGGACAUUUGUUCAAGAUUCAAUUUAUGAUGAGUUUGUUGAGAAAAGUGCAAAACGAGCAGAAAAACGUAUUGUAGGAGAUCAAUUCGAUCCAAAAACACACCAAGGACCACAGGUUGAUGAAGAACAAUUAAACAAAAUUCUUAGCAUGAUUGAUAGUGGAAAAAAACAAGGAGCUACACUUGUCACCGGUGGCUCACGAGUUGGUGACAAGGGCUAUUUUAUACAACCAACUGUAUUUGCUGAUGUUAAAGAUGAUAUGAAAAUAGCAAAAGAAGAAAUUUUUGGCCCUGUACAACAAAUAUUAAAGUUCAGUGAUUUUGACGAGGUAAUUAGCCGAGCCAACAAUUCUGAUUAUGGUUUGGCAGCAGCAGUGUUUUCAAAGAACAUAGACACAGUAAAUAAAGCUGUCCAGAGUUUUAGAGCUGGAACUGUUUGGGUUAAUUGUUACAAUGUGCUUGGAGUACAAGCACCAUUUGGCGGUUUCAAAAUGUCUGGUUAUGGAAGAGAAUUGGGUGAAUAUGGUCUGAAAGCGUAUACUGAAAUAAAAUCAGUUAUCAUUGCUACACCAAAAAAAAAUAAUUAAUAUAUUUUUUUUAUGUCAUGUUAAUU